CUCCAUUUUCUUCCAAACACAAGCUCUGAAAAGAAGAGAUUAAGAGAGAGAGAGAGAGAGAGAAGUGGAUAGGGUGUUGCAGAGUUGGUUGCUAUCUAUCCAUCUUCCUUCGUCGCUUCGGUUCUGCUCCACUCUCUGCCUUUCGCAUCACUCAUCAGAGACUGGAGCCAGAGAAGAAAAGAAUAAUAUAUGGAGGCCGGCGCAGGAAAAGGUUUGGAAUGCCCGAGGACUAUGGAUGGGAAGGCGAGUAACGGGAGUGGGAUAGAGAAGGAAAUUCCUUCUUGUUGUUUGAAGGCUAAAGCCUCAGCCCCUGAGUCAGAGGCAAAGUGCCAUUCCACAGUUGUUUCUGGGUGGUUUUCGGCUUCUCAAACUUUUUCAGGGAAAUCUGUAACACCAGAAUAUUUCAACAACCCGAUGUGGCCAGGAGAAGCCCAUUCAAUUAAAGUUGAAAAGAUCUUGUACAGGGAAAAGUCAGAUUACCAAGAGGUCUUGGUUUUUGAGUCAUCAACAUACGGGAAAGUACUAGUACUUGAUGGAAUUGUUCAAUUGACUGAGAAGGAUGAAUGUGCUUAUCAGGAGAUGAUUGCUCAUCUACCCCUCUGUUCGAUUCCAUCCCCCAAAACGGUUUUAGUCGUUGGUGGUGGAGAUGGUGGAGUACUCAGGGAAGUAUCCCGCCACAGCUCUGUAGAACAUAUUGAUAUCUGUGAGAUAGAUCAGAUGGUUAUUGACGUUUCCAGGAAAUUUUUUCCAGAUUUAGCUGUUGGGUUUGAAGAUUCUCGGGUACAUCUUCACGUUGGAGAUGCUGUUGAAUUUCUUAAAUCUGCUCCUGAAGGGAGGUAUGAUGCGAUAAUUGUUGAUUCCUCCGAUCCAGUGGGUCCUGCCCAGGAACUUGUUGAGAAGCCUUUUUUUGAUACUAUAGCAAAGGCAUUAAGGCCUGGUGGAGUCCUCUGUAACAUGGCAGAGAGUAUGUGGCUUCAUACACACCUUAUUCAAGAUAUGAUCUCUAUUUGUCGAGAAACAUUCAAAGGUUCAGUACAUUACGCAUGGGCGAGUGUUCCAACAUAUCCAAGUGGUGUGAUAGGCUUUCUUCUCUGUGCAACGGAAGGACCACCAGUUGAUUUUGUUAACCCUAUCAAUCCGAUUGAAGAGUUGGAAGGUGCUAAUGAGCACAAAAGAGAACUUCGAUUCUACAAUUCAGAGAUGCACACAGCUGCUUUUGCAUUGCCGGGUUUCCUGAAGAGAGAAGUGAGUCUGCUCCGUGAUCCCUCCCUUCAGUAGCCAGGUGUGAUUGCUUAUUGAACCCCUAAAUAAGCAAUUUUGAUUUCUUUGUCAUUGACGAGUGUGGGAGAAAAAUAGGAAUGUGGUGUGAUUAUGUUUAGGUUAAUUAGCUUAGUCCUUUUGGAUGGCUGCCUCUUAUCUAGUUUUCUAUUCUAUCAUUAGGGGUUUUCCUGCACAUGCUUGUAAGACAUGAAUUACCAAUUAUUAAAUAAAUACGUCGAAAUAAUUUGGUUUUUAAGAAA